CCAGCAGAGUCGCCAGAGUCCGGGGCGCGCCGUCCAGUCCAGCCGGCGGCAUGAGCGCGCCCGCCGACACCCCCAUCUUCGCGCCCGGCGAGAACUGCAGCCCCGCGUGGCGGGCGGCGCCCGCGGCCUACGACGCGGACGACACGCACCUGCACAUCCUGGGCAAGCCGGUGAUGGAGCGCUGGGAGACCCCCUACAUGCACUCGCUGGCCGCCGCCGCCACCUCCAAAGGGGGCCGGGUGCUGGAGGUGGGCUUCGGCAUGGGGAUCGCUGCCUCCAAGGUGCAGGAAGCCGCCAUCGACGAGCACUGGGUCAUCGAGUGCAACGAGGGCGUCUUCCAGCGGCUCCAGGACUGGGCCCGCGGGCAGCCCCAUAAGGUCGUGCCCCUGAAAGGCCUGUGGGAGGACGUGGCUCCCACCUUGCCGGACAAUCACUUUGAUGGGAUCCUGUACGACACGUACCCGCUGUCCGAGGACACAUGGCACACCCACCAGUUCAACUUCAUUCAGGCCCACGCCUUCCGCCUGCUGAAGCCAGGGGGCGUCCUCAGCUACUGCAACCUCACGUCGUGGGGGGAGCUGAUGAAAUCCCGGUACUCCGACGUGACCACCAUGUUCGAGGAGACACAGGUGCCGGCGCUGCUGGAGGCCGGGUUCCGGCGGGAGCACAUCCGCACGCAGGUCCUGGAGCUGGUGCCACCCGCCGACUGCCGCUACUACUCGUGCCCGCAGAUGAUCACGCCCCUGGUCACCAAGCACUGAGGGGUCCCUUGCUGGAGCCCUCCUCCGCAGCUCUGCUCCCACCCCCCAGCCCUGGAGGGGGAA